AUGUCUUCUGAUGACCCAGAGCUAUUACUGAAGGAAAAAUCUCUCUCUCCUGGUUUUCCUUAUGAUUAUGAUCAAGAUGAAGAUUUUUUAAAUGAAGAAGAAAACCUUGAAGAGCUAUUAGAUGAAUUAGAAUCUAUUGAUGGCAAAGAAGAUGAUGACAAUGAAGUGGUUGAAGAUGAAACCUUAACCAGAACUUCUCAUCCUGUUCCUGAUGAACUAUUGCAAACGAAUCCAUUGCUUGGUUUGUCAGACGAUGAGAUUCUAAAAAGAAGAAAAAAAUAUGGUCUUAAUCAAAUGGAAGAAGAACAAGAAAACUUGGUUUUAAAAUUUGUCAUGUACUUUGUCGGUCCAAUUCAAUUCGUAAUGGAGGCUGCUGCUGUGUUGGCUGCAGGUUUACAAGAUUGGGUCGAUUUUGGUGUUAUCUGUGCCUUAUUAUUAUUAAAUGCAACUGUCGGUUUUAUUCAAGAAUAUCAAGCUAAUACCAUUGUCGAAGAAUUGAAAAAAACUCUAGCCAAUUCAGCCUUUGUUUUAAGAAAUUCCCAUAUCAUAGAAAUCCCUUCAAAUGAAAUUGUUCCUGGUGAUAUCUUAAGAUUAGAAGAAGGUUUAAUUAUACCUGCUGAUGGUCGUUUAAUAUCUGAAGAUUGUUUUUUGCAGGUUGAUCAAUCUGCUAUAACCGGCGAAUCCUUAGCCGUUGAAAAACAUUGUGGUGACUUAACCUUUGCUUCCUCUACUGUCAAAAGAGGUGAAGCGUUCAUGAUUGUCACUUCAACUGGUUCAUCAACUUUUGUUGGUCGUGCUGCUGUAUUGGUUAAUAAAGCAUCAAGUGGAACUGGUCAUUUUACCGAAGUAUUAAAUGGUAUUGGCACAAUGCUUUUGAUUUUGGUCAUGGCCACCUUACUACUAAUUUGGACAGCUGCCUUUUAUAGAACAACGUCCAUUGUAAAAAUCUUACGUUACACUUUGGCAAUUACAAUGGUUGGUGUCCCAGUUGGUUUGCCUGCUGUUGUCACUACAACAAUGGCUGUAGGUGCUGCUUAUCUAGCUAAAAGAAAAGCAAUUGUUCAGAAAUUAUCUGCAAUUGAAUCACUUGCUGGUGUUGAAAUCCUUUGUUCAGAUAAAACCGGAACUUUAACCAAAAAUAAAUUAUCUCUUUAUGAACCUUACACUGUCGAAGGAAUUUCGCCUGAUGAGUUGAUGCUCACGGCGUGUUUGGCUGCUUCAAGAAAGAAAAAAGGGUUGGAUGCUAUCGAUAAGGCCUUUUUAAGAUCUUUAAGAAGUUACCCAAGAGCAAGAGAAUCUUUGACAAAGUAUAGGGUGCUUGAAUUUAGGCCUUUUGAUCCAAUCAGCAAAAAAGUCACCAGUGUAGUUCAAGCUCCCAGUGGUCAAGUUAUUGUUUGUACAAAAGGUGCGCCAUUAUUUAUUCUUCGAACUGUGGAAGCUGAAGCUGAUAUCCCAGAGGAAAUCCGUGAAAAUUAUGAAAAUAAAGUUGCUGAAUUUGCUUCAAGAGGUUUUAGAUCAUUGGGUAUUGCAAGAAAAGUUGGAAACCGACCAUUUGAAAUUCUUGGUAUAAUGCCAUGUUUAGAUCCUCCAAGAGAUGAUACUGCCGAAACAAUUCGUGAAGCUCAUAAUCUAGGAUUAAGAGUGAAAAUGUUAACUGGUGAUGCUGUUGGCAUUGCCAAAGAAACCUGUCGUCAAUUGGGACUAGGCACAAAUAUCUAUGAUGCAGAAAGAUUGGGUCUUUCUGGUGGAGGUGACAUGCCUGGAUCUGAAAUUGCUGAUUUUGUUGAAAAUGCAGAUGGCUUUGCAGAAGUGUUUCCUCAACACAAAUAUAAUGUUGUAGAAAUCUUGCAGCAUAGAGGAUACUUAGUUGCAAUGACUGGUGAUGGUGUUAAUGAUGCCCCAUCUCUUAAAAAGGCGGAUACUGGAAUUGCUGUUCAAGGUGCAACAGAUGCUGCCAGAUCAGCAGCAGAUAUAGUGUUUUUAGCACCAGGAUUGUCAGCAAUUAUUCAUGCUAUUUGCAUAUCAAGACAAAUUUUUCACAGAAUGUAUGCAUAUGUUAUCUACCGUAUUGCUUUGUCAUUGCAUUUGGAGAUUUUUUUUGGGCUUUGGAUUGCAAUUCUUGAUCGUAAUUUAAAGAUCAAUCUUGUUGUAUUUCUAGCGAUCUUUGCAGAUGUUGCGACAUUAGCAAUUGCAUAUGAUAAUGCACCAUUGGCGCCUCAGCCAGUUAAAUGGAAUCUACCUAAAUUAUGGGGGAUGUCGAUUGUAUUAGGGAUUAUAUUGGCUAUUGGGACAUGGAUUUGUUUGACAACGAUGUUUAUGCCCCGAGGAGGUAUUAUACAAAAUUUUGGAUCAAUUGAUGGCAUAAUUUUUUUAGAAAUAUCGUUGACCGAAAAUUGGUUGAUUUUUAUUACAAGAGCAACAGGGCCAUUUUGGACCUCAUGUCCAUCAUGGCAAUUAGCUGGGGCAGUAUUUGUUGUGGAUGUGAUAUCAACGUUGUUUGCCAUUUUUGGAUGGUGGGCGCAGAACCAAACAGAUAUUGUAACAGUUGUGAAGGUUUGGAUAUGGUCAUUUGGAGUCUUUUGUGUUAUGGGAGGAGCGUAUGUGUUAAUGUCAAGAUCAGAAGCAUUUGAUAGGCUUAUGAAUGGAAAGUCAUUAAAAAAGACCCCUGGACCAAGAAAUGUGGAAGAUUUCGUAAUGGCAAUGAAAAGAGUUUCUACUCAACAUGAAAAAUCUGGUUAA